AUGGAGCAGAUCAAGAGAAACAGCCAGAGGGUCAUCGACUCCAUGCAGAGUAUCCUGGACUCUGAGGUCAGGAGCAGGAAUGAUGCCCUGAGAAUCAAGAAGAAGAUGGAGGGAGACCUGAAUGAGAUGGAGAUCCAGCUGAGUCAUGCCAACCGCCAGGCUGCUGAAGCCCAGAAGCAGCUGAGGAAUGUUCAGGGACAACUGAUGGAUGCACAACUGCAUCUUGAUGAUGCUGUCAGAGCUGCAGGAGACCUAAAGGAGCAGGCUGCCAUGGUGGACCGUAGGAACGGUCUCAUGGUGGCUGAAAUUGAGGAACUGAGGGCAGCUCUGGAACAGACAGAGAGAGGCCGCAAAGUGGCUGAGCAAGAGCUGGUGGAUGCCAGUGAGCGUGUUGGACUGCUGCACUCCCAGAACACAAGCUUGUUGAACUCAAAGAAGAAGCUUGAGACUGACCUGGUCCAAGUCCAGGGUGAGGUGGAUGACAGCGUCCAGGAAGCCAGGAAUGCUGAAGAGAAGGCCAAGAAGGCCAUCACUGAUGCUGCCAUGAUGGCUGAGGAGCUGAAGAAAGAGCAGGACACUAGCUCUCACCUGGAGAGGAUGAAGAAGAACCUGGAGGUCACAGUGAAAGACCUGCAGCAUCGCCUGGAUGAGGCUGAGAACCUGGCCAUGAAGGGGGGCAAGAAGCAGCUCCAGAAACUGGAGGGCAGAGUUCGUGAUCUGGAGUCAGAGGUUGAUAAUGAACAGAGACGAGGAGCAGAGGCUGUAAAAGGUGUCCCCAAAUAUGAGAGGAGACAUGAUGUUGAUUUUUCCUUUUCAAAUGUGCAUCAGACUGAGGAGGAUAAGAAGAAUGGUUGUAGACUACAGGAUCUUGUUGAUAAGCUCCAGCUGAAGGUGAAGGCAUACAAGAGGCAGUCUGAGGAAGCGGAGGAGCAGGCCAACUCUUACCUGUCCAAAUGCAGGAAGGUUCAACAUGAGCUGGAGGAAGCUGAGGAACGUGCCGAUAUCACCGAGAGUCAGGUCAACAAGCUGAGGACUAAGACCCGUGACUCUGGAAAGGUAUUUGGACAGUCAAAGUGA